AUGGAACUCGCGACCCCCAUUAACCUCAUCCUCUUCUCCCUCUUCCUGGUCAUCCUGUAUUUCCGCCUCCGACCGCAAAAACUUGCCGCCGUCCUCUCCGCCGCUCCGCCUCCAACCGUCUUCAAAGUUUUCACCCCACCGCAAUUACUCCCAUACAACGGGACCAAAAAUAUGCCAGUCUACCUGGCUGUGCGCGGCAAGAUCUUCGAUGUGACUGCUGGCCGCAACUUCUAUGGGCCUGGCGGUCCGUACCAGAAUUUUGCUGGACGGGAUGCGAGUCGAGGGCUUGCUUGUGGGAGUUUUGAUAUGGAGAUGUUGACGGAGGAUUUGGAGGGGCCGUUGGAUAAGCUUGAAGAUUUGGGUGAGGAGGAGAUGGAUGCGUUGAGAGGGUGGGAGGAGAGGUUUAAUGAGAAGUAUCUGGUUGUGGGUAAGCUUGUGCCGGUUGGGCAUCCCGAGGCCGAGCCUGAUGAGUGA